AUGCUUUGGGGCUCCAUAGGGGAGCCGAUCAAGAGGAAGCUCGCGGGAGACACCGAGUACCUGUUGUCGUUCACAAAGGGCUUCUCGGAGAUGCCUUCGCCCGCGCAGCUGAAGGCCAGCCUGGCGGAACAGCUGUCUGUGGAGCAACUCCGGGACGAGUUUCGGAAGUACAUCGAGAUGAAGGUGGCUCAAGAGCUGAUGGACUUUUACAUCGAGUCGCUAGACAGGGAGGAGAUCAAGGAGUACUUUCCCAGACAGGCGGCGACGAUGCGUAUCGUUGACCAGUACAUCAGGGAAGGGGCUGCCGAGCAGGUAAACAUAUCGGGGCGGUGCCGGGAGGAGAUUUUGUCGACGGACGUGACGGCCUACGACAUCUUCGACCACGCUAGAGCAGAGGUUCUGGCACUCAUGGAGACCAACUUCCAGCAAGAUUUCGUAGAGACGGAAGGGUUCCGGCGCAUCGCCGACGCGUCUGCGUUGGAGCAGCAAGAGAUUCGCCUCCUUCGGAAAGAAGGUUUCUUGGUUGCGGAUGCUUCGCCGACGCUGAACAGCCCGCCGCCCGCUUCCUCUGUCACUCCUCCUCAGAGUGGCCUCUUGAACAAGUUCACACGUUUUUCCUUGGUGGUGGGGAGAAUUUUGCCUUCUUCGUCUCGUUGAAGAGAUAGUGGUCAUCGCGAGGAGGAGUAUGGGGCUGCGUGGUGCUGUUUUCGGUCGUCGUUAUUGACUGUCAGCUUUUUUCUUGCUUUUUGUUUUUCACGGUAUUUAAUUUUAAAAAUACGUGUAAUCUAGACUGGUAUAUUUUUGGAGGGCCACUCAGGGUCUCGGCGUCCCUUCUGAUGCCGCUGGUGGUGGCGUGAUGGGAUAAAAGGGAGAUCACGAAAGGGACGAGAUCUGUGCAUCCAGACUGGGAGAGACGAUGGAACUGCAGGGCUGGCAGGGGGGGAAAGCUGGUACUCCGUACGCA